AAUUAAGCUCUAGGUUAAGUUGUUUUCAGUUCUAGAGAGCUUUGAAUCAGCGUCACUGUGAAUUGUAAUGCAAGGUCACAUUCAACAAUUUUUUUUUUCUCCCUUUACAUUACCUCAAUUCCCUCUUUUGCAACCCCAAGUUUUCCACCACUUCUUUAAAACCAAACCUUCUUCCCCAAUUCACCCUCAGAGCUCAUAACAAAGACUCUAAUCCUUCUCUUCUUCCUCAAAUCUUUAUUCAACACCAUGAAGAACACAAACAACAACAACAACAACACAAAACUCAUCCUCCUCCACCCUUACAUCCAGAAACAAGGAAGCUCCAAUCGUUUAUGGCUCCUCGCUUUCAUCUCAAUCUUCACACUCGCUUUUCUCGUAACACUAAUCUACACAAGAGAAACAUAUUCAAUUACUGCCACAACCUCACACGUCAUAACAUCUUCAACACCAAUUAGCACAAUCAAUGUUCCUCUUCCUUCCACAGUCAUCAACACUCUUCUCCACUACGCUUCGAAAUCCAACGACACAUACCACAUGCAGUAUUCAGAUCUCAAAUCAAUCUCCGAUGUCCUCCGAAAGUGUUCUUCACCAUGCAACUUCCUCAUUUUUGGCCUCACUGGUGAGACUCUGCUCUGGAAAGCCCUGAAUCAUAACGGAAGAACGGUUUUCAUCGACGAGAAUCGCUACUACGCUGCGUAUAUCGAAGAGAAGCACCCGGAGCUCGACGUUUUCGACGUGCAAUACACGACGAAGCGAAGUGAGAUGAAGGAGCUUAUAGCUUCGGCUAAAGAGCAGGCUUCCAAUGAGUGCAAGCCGGUGCAGAAUCUUUUGUUCUCUGAUUGCAAACUUGGCCUUAAUGACCUUCCAAACCAUGUUUACGAGGUUGAUUGGGAUGUUAUCUUGGUGGACGGUCCCCGUGGGGACUGGCCUGAUGCUCCUGGCCGGAUGUCAGCGAUUUUCACCGCUAGCGUCCUGGCCAGGAGCAAGAAGGGCGGGAACCCAAAGACUCAUGUCUUCUUGCAUGACUAUUUUGGGGAAGUUGAAAGGGUUUGUGGUGAUGAGUUUCUUUGCAAGGAGAAUUUGGUUGAGGCAAGCGAGACUUUGGGACAUUUUGUGUUGGAAAAGAUGGAUGAGAGGAGUGUCCACUAUUGCAAGAAUGAUAAUAGCUCAUCGUCUCCUUCUACUUCUUCGUAAGGCUCAGGGGAUUAUUUUUUUCAAUUUAAUAAUGUCUCUCUAGUCAUACACACAUUGCUAGAAGAAGGUGCUCGGAAUCAUCAUGGAUCGUCUUAGCCGCAAACUGGUGGAUUAAAAAAAUUCUUCUGGGUAUUUAUGAUUUUUUUUCACUACUGCAUUUUGUUUACUUCUUUCUCUGGUUGAGGCUUGUAAAAAAUAAUUCUUUUU